AUGUCGUGGACCGGCCUUCUCCGGGGCCUCAACCUGUCCCUGAGUUACAGCCUAGCCCAGGUCCCCCAGCUCUGGGCCACCCGCCCCAUGGCCACCCUGAAUCAGAUGCACCGUCGGGGUCCUCCGAAGUGGCCGCCUCGAAAGCUGGGUCCCACAGAAGGCCGGCCGCAGCUGAAGGGCGUGGUGCUACGCACAUUCAUUCGUAAGCCCAAGAAGCCCAACUCGGCCAACCGCAAGUGCUGCCGCGUGCGGCUCAGCACCGGCCGAGAGGCGGUCUGCUUCAUCCCGGGAGAGGGCCACACCCUGCAGGAGCACCACAUUGUGCUGGUACAAGGCGGGCGCACCCAGGACCUGCCCGGUGUCAAGCUCAAGGUUGUGCGUGGCAAGUACGACUGUGGCCAUGUGCAGAAGAAGAAGUGA